AUGGAAAUGCAGGCCAAAACUUAUAUCAGAGUGGCAGUCUAUGCAGCGAUUUUCAUCGUAGGAUUUUUGGGUAACCUGCUUACUAUUAUUGUUAUUUUUCGUCGGAGACAGAACAUGUCCGCAUACCAGAUAUUAGUCCUGAACUUGGCGAUAUCAGACUUUCUUUUCCUUACCUCCCUUCUACCUUUGACGACCUACGAAUUGUUUGGGGUCAUCGCAAAGUCCGAGAUUUACUGCCGAUUUCUUUGGCCAAUGUACACAAUCUUCUACCUCCUGAGCAUAUUUACUAUCACCUCCAUGGCGCUUCAACGUUGUCGUUCGAUUGUCUUCCCUCACCGGCCGAAACUGAGGCAACAAAAGGCGUUUGCUUGGGUGGCCGCCAUUUGGUUUGCAGCGUUCAUUAUCGUCUUACCCCUUGCUAUCGUGACAACGUCUGUCCCACCUGGUGAAUGCCACGAAAACUGGCCGAGCUUUCGUCACAAACAGGCAUAUACCUUAGCACUUUUCCUCUUACAGUAUUUAAUACCCUUAGUGAUCAUUACCAUCGUGUAUGCUAGAAUCGCACUUUCCCUACUUCAUUUUGGUGACUUCAGGCGCAACGAUAGUUUUGCAACCGAGGAACAGCGCGCGGCGGAGGCAAGAAGGAUUAAGAGAAGAAAUCAGGCCAUCAGGACAUUAGCAGCCGUUGUCAUUUUGUUCGCCAUUUGCCUUUUUCCUGGGCAAAUAGCCUGGCUGUUGUUAGACUUUGGCAACGGUGGAAAAAGUCAGGAAAAGGCUAUCGAUACUCUUCUUAAUUUCUCAGACGUGCUGGAUAAUUUCCACGCCUGCGUCAAUCCCAUUAUUUAUUGCCUGUUAAGCACGCGGUAUCGCAAGGAAUAUUUCAGAUGUUUGCUUUAUUUAUUUCGUAAAAGUGGGGGAAAUUAG